AUCACAGAAACAUUGUGACAACAUUGAUCGGCAUCACUGUAAACAUGUCUUGUUUCUGUUCUCUCUAGAGGAGUGUUCACGUUUUCGAUUUUUGUCCAAGAAGUACAUAAUUUUCUGCUGUGGUUUGUGUGCCAAUAGUCGAAAAAAUGGCCGAUGAACUGCAAGAGAUCUAUGAGAAGUACGAAAUCCUGUCCGGAGCCAAAGAUAAGAUUUUAGAGCAUUCAGCCGAAUACCUGGAAUGCAUCAACAUAGCGUCGAAAGGUGGCCCCAAAGGGAAGAAGCUGGUCGCCCAGAUUAUUUCUCAGUUUUUCAAGCACUUUCCCGACCUACAAGACACCGCAUUGAAUGUGCUGUUGGACUUGUGUGAGGAUGGCGAUAGCGAAAUUCGAAUCUGCUCCAUGAAAGUUCUGCCAUUUCUAUGCAAAGGCUCAAAAGAACACAUCCAGAAUAUCGCCAGUGUUUUGGCGCAGCUUCUUCAACUGGACGAUUUGGAUUACACCGUGGCUUGCAACUCUCUGGUGCAAGUCUUCCGGGAAGAUCCAGUCCUGUCAAUCAACGCGAUUUUUACUAUUUUAUAUCAAGACGAAGUUCUCAGGGAAAAGCUUGUUACUUUUCUCUAUAAGCGAUUGGCUACCAUUGAAGGCAAGAACUUGCCAGAGGUGGAAGAUCUGCUAGUUACUGAAGGAAAGAAAAUUAUACAGGAUUGCACUUCCGGGGAAUUUAUGCUGAUAAUGCCGUACCUCACCCAGUCCAAACUAGGAAAAACCCUCCACGGCCAAAAGGAACUGGUUAACUUAGUGUAUAACAAAAUUGAAGUCGAAGGAAAAUUCAAUCUGCUAGAGACCCACACGCUCAGCACUGAUCGGCUUGUUCUGUGUGUUGAGCUGAUUCUACCGCUAUUCAAUGCCAGUAAUGAAUCAACUAAGCUCCUGAUCUACUACUGCACUCAAGUGCUACCCCAAUGGAACAACAUUCGCUCCCUUAAAGAUGGGGAGCAGUUACAGUUAAGACUGUUACGGCAACUGGCCAUAAUGAGCACUUAUUGCGUAUGGAAUGCAGAAAAUAUGACUGAUGUUAUCGAAAACGUUUUUAACACACUCAAGGAAUACAUGCCAUUACCACCUGAAGACGUCGACAUUAGCAAAGUUUCAAACUUAGAUUUCACAAGUGUAGAAUGCCUGUUGUACACCUUCCAUAAAUUGGCCAGAAAAAAUCCAGAAUUUUUAACAAACGACUCAGACAGACUCAAAGACUUCCGACUGAGACUCCAGUAUUUUGCCAGAGGCGUGCAGGGAUGUAAACGAGGCCUAGAAAACACGAAGACAAAAAAGGACGAGCUGAGUGAAGAGGACCAGAAAAAAAUCCAAAUUGCCCCUGCCGUUUUGGAGAACAUCAACACGAUUGUCAAGGACCUUUUCUAUCAACCACCUUUAUACAAAUGCAAUGUGCAGUUGUCUUUCAGGAGUGCACGCGAUGGAAAGAAAGAAGUGACUACAGUAACCAAGCCUGGAGCACAAAAACGACACGUGCCUAUCACUUUUGGCUCUGCCAAUGGAACAGAUCCCGGCCCGAAACAAGUGAGAAAUAACAAGGCUGGCGAGGACAGGAAACUCUAUCAACCACCAAGUGGAAAAUUUAGUAAUAACUUUGGCAGGACAAACAGUCGAGGAGGCAACUGGGGUCGAGGAGGCAGCACAAGAGGCUACAGAGGCGGCCGAGGAGGGGGGCGAAAUUGGAGAAAUUAGGCCCACAAGCCGCCGUCGCUUUACAGGUAGGUAUUAACUACGAAAGGUCAAAAUCUCUAAUUAUUUUUAUUGUCAUUACUUUCAUAGACACUCAACGUAAAUCUACGUUAAUAAAAUUUGCUUUUUUCCGAUUGACUUACGCCUUGGUACUCUUGCCAAUGGCGUAUUAAAAACACAAAAUCAAACCCUUCAAUCUAAUUGUAUAAAGUUCGGCUAUUUCAACCUGCAACUUGAAGAAUUUCUGUGUUAAAUAAUCGGAAGUUUAUGGAAAUAUUGGCAGUUUGGAUAGGUAAAGAGACAUGCGAAUUAGUCGCGUUUGGUUUUUUAAUGUUUUAACUGGGUUUUGUAACUUAGAGCAUUUUGACCUCCCCCUUUUGACUCUGAGCAGGUGGCUUGGAGAAAACUUGAGUGACUGGAUAAUUUCUUUAAUUUUUUUGACGCUUUCUGUUUAAUACUGCAAUGAAAUAUAUUAUGCGAAAUAAA